UCAGGCCUACAGACAAGCCGGGAGGAGCCGGGGGAGGAGGCUGCAGCGGGGGCUGGCGCCGGAGUCCGGGAUUCGACCCGCCGUGCAGAUCCAGGGCUGGACCAGCGACGGUCCGGGCACCCCAGGCUCUGCGCGCCCGCCCGCUGCUCAGGGUACCCCAGGCCGAGGCGCCGACAACUCCUGGAGGCCGGUGGGUGGGCGGAGGGAGGCCAGAAGGGCGCGGGCGCCCUGUGCGUGGAGUGGCGGAGGGGGCCGGGACGCCAUGUCCAUGGAGGACCCCUUCUUUGUGGUGAAAGGAGAGGUACAGAAAGCAGUCAACACUGCCCAGGGAUUGUUUCAGAGAUGGACAGAGCUUCUGCAGGACCCCUCUGCAGCAACCAGGGAAGAGAUCGACUGGACCACCAACGAGCUGAGAAACAACCUCCGGAGCAUAGAGUGGGAUCUGGAGGACCUUGACGAGACCAUCAGCAUAGUUGAAGCAAAUCCUAGAAAAUUCAACCUUGAUGCUACCGAGUUGAGUAUAAGAAAAGCCUUCAUUACAAGUACUCGGCAAGUUGUCAGGGACAUGAAGGAUCAGAUGUCAACUUCAUCUGUGCAGGCGUUAGCUGAAAGGAAAAAUAGGCAGGCACUGCUAGGAGACAGUGGCAGCCAGACCUGGAGCACAGGAACGACAGAUCAGUACGGGCGCCUGGAUCGAGAGCUGCACUUAGCCAAUUCCCAUUUCAUCGAGGAGCAGCAGGCGCAGCAGCAGUUGAUUGUGGAACAGCAGGAUGAGCAGUUGGAGCUGGUCUCUGGCAGCAUCGGGGUGCUGAAGAACAUGUCCCAGCGCAUUGGAGGGGAGCUGGAGGAACAGGCAGUCAUGUUGGAUGAUUUCUCUCACGAGUUGGAGAGCACUCAGUCUCGGCUAGACAAUGUGAUGAAGAAACUUGCAAAAGUGUCUCACAUGACCAGUGAUCGGCGCCAGUGGUGUGCCAUCGCUGUCCUCUUCGCCAUCCUGCUGGUCGUGCUGGUCCUCUUCUUGGUGCUGUGACGGUGGCGCCCGUGGCCCGGGUUCCUCCUGCACAGGAGCCAGGGCAGGGGCAGUGCCCUGGGCACACACUCCUCCCGACUCCACCGCCAGACGCCCCUCCCUCCCGCGCUGGCAGGACUGGCGAGAAGAGGAAGAGGGACUGCACUCCUGUCGGACGACACCCCUGCUGCCCGUCCUGUUUGGGGGCCACUAGCCACUGCUUUGCCUUGCUGGACCCCACUCCCUGAGGAGAGACUGAGUCGCCCAGAAGGGUCGGCAGAGCCCGAUUCGCCCGUCUCUGGCAGCUUCUUUCUUCUGCUGUCCAUCAAAAGAUCCCUGUCGAGGAGGCGGCCUGGGCCAGGAGGCAGCCUGGGCGGGCCGUUUCCCAUCGCUAGAGCAUUUCUCACUCCCCAAGAGCUGGUUGUUGACGGGGACAGAAGGCUCAGAAGCAGUUUGUGACUGCAAAUGCCGUGUUUCAUUUUUCAGGGGUCAGGGCUGAGAUAAAAUUGCUUUUCCAGGUGCUUUUUUUGUGUGGUGGGAAAACUAAUGGAAACAGUGAGACACCCUGGGGCUUGGGGUCGCUAACAGCCUUUGGCUUUAAUGGACAAGAGCAGUUAAAAGGCGCACCAGGACCUGCUCUGGCGCAGCCCAGGGAAGGGGUGAUGGUGUCUCCAGAGGGGGGGCCAGACCUGCUCUUUGCACGCCGCUGUCCUGGGGCUUCUUCCCAGAGGUGCAACUUACAUUUUUAGGGGAACCCUUGAAUACAUCAUUGCUGAACAGUGCAGAAGCGCACUCAAACGGAUUAGGAUGCUGGCUUGUCCUCACUGACACUUAUUUUAUUCUGGUGGCACUCUCCAUUGGGGGAUGGGGUUGGAGUGGUUAGUACAUUUAUUACAUUUACGCAGAAACCAUCUUGACCCAAAAAGGCUAUUUCUGGGCCAGAUUUCCCUUACCCUGUGAGUAAUGGCAAGACGGGUAAGUGAACCUGACUCUUUUCUUCCUGAAGAUGUCAGCUUGACUGGAUCAUCCAUUCUAAUAACUGAGCCAAUCCAAAUGUAAUGAUAGAUGCUUUAAUUGAGCUUAAGUAGCUGAAGCUGCUGAGACACUACACUUCAAGCUUCUGAUGGCUUUAAAGGCCUCGAAUGCGCACAUGUAUAUAGGAUAUUUUUUAUAGCUUCCCCGAUGCAUAACCUGAUGUUAGAGUAGCAGCUGGACCCAGAGCCGCAGCUGGGCCCCGGGGGCUGCUGGCCUCUGGGCGCCGCUGCCUUUGCACUUGGAAAGAGCAGUAGCACCCGGGCAGAGUUGAAGCCUGGCCUCCUCCUUUCCUUGUCUUUUCGUGCUUUCCUCGGCACCCUAACUUUUUUCUUACUUUUCUUGUUUUGUCUGUAUUUCUUGUGGAUUGGUUUUGGGGGGGAGGUUCCCCUUUUUUGUGAUUUUUUGCAACAAGUGCGCUUGCCCAGCUAACUUUUGAAUUGCACUUUUUAAUAAAUAUUUGUAACAAUUUUUAAA